GCUCCCAGUCAAGUCUCUGCCGCUCAGCGUCAUCCACACCUUCCCGAUGCCCCGCACCUGGUAUCUACGGCCUGCCCGAUUCCAACUGGCAAAUCUCGCCCUCCCACGAGGCCAUCUAUCGCGCUUUUCCACAUCCCAAUCCAAGCUGGUGUCGCCAAAACCAGAGCCACAGCCACAGCCACGGCCGAAGCAAGCCCGCCCUCGCCAUCACCAGCAGCUGCCGCAGGCUCCCACCCAUACCCGCCCGUACCUCACGAGUUCCAUCAUCGCACACCAAGCCCGCAACAUGGCGCCCCAACUCGAUGGCUUCUUCAAGCAGGUGGACACACUGUCCGAUCACUUCAUUGAGCGGCUGCGCCAGGCCGUCGCCAUUCCGUCCGUCUCCUCCGAGGCAGACCGCCGUCCGGAGGUCGUCCGUAUGGGCAAGUUCCUCGCCGAUGAGCUGACCAAGCUCGGCGCAAUCGUUGAGCUGCGAGAGCUCGGCAAGCAAGCCGGCACAGACCUCAACCUGCCCCCCGUCGUCCUCGCCCGCUAUGGCAGCGACAAGAGCAAACGCACUAUCCUCGUAUACGGCCAUUACGACGUGCAGCCCGCCGAGAAGUCUGACGGCUGGGAGACGGAGCCAUUUGAGCUGACGGUCAAGGAAGAUGGGCGCAUGCUGGGCCGCGGAUCCACCGAUGACAAGGGUCCCGUCCUGGGCUGGCUGAAUGCCAUCGAGGCCCACCAGGCCGCCGGCGUCGACUUCCCCGUCAACCUCCUCAUGUGCUUCGAGGGCAUGGAGGAGUACGGGUCGGAUGGUCUCGACGAUCUCAUCAACGCCGAGGGCAACAAGUACUUUGCCGCCGCCGACGCCGUCUGCAUCAGCGACAACUACUGGCUCGGCACCGAGCGCCCGUGUCUCACCUACGGCCUGCGCGGCUGCAAUUACUACAGCGUCGAGGUGUCGGGCCCCGGCGCCGACCUGCACAGCGGCGUGUUUGGCGGCACCGCCCAGGAACCCAUGACGGACCUGGUGCGCAUCCUGGGCUCGCUCGUCGACACGAACGGCAAGAUCCUGAUCGAGGGCAUCGCCGAGCAGGUGGCUCCCAUGACGAAGGAGGAGGAGGGCCUCUACGACAGCAUUGCCUUCACCAUGGAUACGCUGCACGAGUCACUGGGGAGCAAGACGACCAUCUUUGAGGACAAGAAGCCCACACUGAUGGCCCGGUGGCGCUACCCGUCGCUGUCGGUGCAUGGUGUCGAGGGCGCCUUCUCGGCCCCUGGCGCCAAGACGGUCAUCCCGGCCAAAGUCAUCGGCAAGUUCUCCAUCCGGACCGUGCCCAACAUGGAGGUCGACAAGGUCAACGAGGUCGUCUACGCACACGUCAACGAGGUGUUCAAGAAGUUCAACUCCAAGAACACGAUGAAGGUAUGGGCGCAGCACACGGGUAAGUGGUGGGUGGCUAGCCCAAAGCACUGGAACUUCACGGCCGCCGCCAAGGCCGUCGAGCGUGUCUGGGGCAUGAAGCCCGAUUUCACGCGCGAGGGAGGCAGCAUCCCUGUGACGCUCACGUUUGAGCAGGCCACGGGCAAGAAUGUCUUGUUGUUGCCGAUGGGCAGCUCGACGGACGGCGCGCACUCCAUCAACGAGAAACUCGACAAGAAGAAUUAUAUCGAGGGCAUCAAGCUGCUCGGCGCAUACCUGCACUACGUUGCCGAGGAGCCCAAGGAGUAGGGGGAUCAGAUCAUUAUCUACCCAAGGCUCGUCGCUUCGUGGGGCUCAUAUGAAUAUGCCACUGCCCCCAGGCUUUGCCUUACACAGCUCAUGUAUAACUGUUUGAGCAGAGCUUCUUAGAGUAUAAAUCGUACAGAUACCUUGGGUCUAUGUGCGACGUGCUAUAAUGAAACUUGAACCCAAAAUCCUGCAGUCUUCAGGUACCUCUUGUGUCUGUAGUGACUAGGGACAUUGGCAGAAUUAUCUGUUUCGUGACAACUGUGUACCUAUUAAAUCCUCAGAAGAUACAACAAGAACCUUAGGCAACCUAGAUGCUACACGCAAUAUGCUGAUGAUCUGAACUAUGCUUGUCUCGUGAAAUCUAUAUUGGACCCAGCCCAGUCCCAUCGGGGUAUUAAUGUGUGCCUGCCUGCCUGCCUGUCUGCCUGCCUG